AUGAUUGAUCUGGUCACCAGACAUGCUGAAGGCCUUCUCAACUUUUUCGUUGUUUACGAAAUUGAAACCAGAUUAAUCAGGUUUCUUUUCCCUAUUUCCACUGGCCGUGAAUUCGUUGAUCGUCUUAUUGAAUUUGGUCCAGGCUGUUGUAAAGAGCUUCGUUGUGGCGAGUUUUACAUCCUCCUCUUCACUGACAAUGAAGGUCGUUCUGAAUACGCCCACUGUCUUCAAACUGCCGAAGAUCUUCUUAUUUGUUUCACCAGCUACCUCCCUUGGUUUGAAUGUUUUCAUCGCUUACUGGAGGAAGUCAAGUCAAAGGAGCUCUAUAAGCACGAGCAACUUCCCACACUCCAGCAGUUCAUUGCAAAGUUGUACUCCUUGAAGCCUCCGCCAGCUGAAAAAAAUGCCAUUUCCAUUCCAUACCCUGUUCUUCAAAUCCCUUAUCCGCAACUCAAAGCGCGCAAUCUGCCUACGGAUAUUCGACUGCCCAUUCCAACUUCCAGUAAUCCCCACUUUUUGAAGGCCCUUGAACAUUACUAUGCAUUGGAGCCCUGUCAAUGGGUGGACAUUUUCACCAGGUCACCCGUGCCCUUCAUCGCCGGAAUUCACUCCUGCAUGUAUGAGGAAGCCAAACCUUACAUCACCUACGGCACCCGUGUAGUGGAUCUUGAUGGUCAGCGAAUUUACGUGAAUAUGCCGGAGGAGGAAUUGGACAAUGAAGCUAUCCCCACGCCUAUUCUGGAUUUCUUCGGAGUGCAGUUUACCGAUGGCACUCGUUUCCUCAAAUCAGCAAUGAACAAAAAGAGCCACGAGUUUGCGUCGUGGAAGACCUCUCAGCUGCCGGUACAGAAUUUCCUCUUCCAUCAGGCCAAACCCUUCUUCGCCAUCAUCGUCAAUCUCCUCGGAUACUUCCGCGACUGCACAAAUUCAGCUGGUCAGGUGGAUUUCCAACAGAUGAUUGCCUGCCAGGACUGCCCACAACUAAAGGCGUUCCUUCAGCGACUCUACGAGUCUCAGAUGGUGCACUGUUUUCUGGACGAGCGAUUGGCCAAACACACGGUGGAUGAAUUCGAUGUUCAGGCUCGCCUCCUCUCAGAUAAGUGUAAGGAGCGUCUACACCAGAGUGGCUCCAAUAAGCUCAACUUCGGAGAUCCUCGAUGGAUCGAGUGCAAGCGCUCAAUCACCACCAAUGGGGUGAUUAACAAUCUGCGCAUCCGACGCAAACUUGGCCAACAGUUCAUCAAGUUAACCUCUAGAGGAGCUACGAAGACUUCCCGUUCCAAAUCGGAGAAGGCGGGCUCGCCGUUGACGCAAAAGGAGGCAGCUAACGGUUUCCCCCCGACUCCUUCGAUUUCCCACUCCCGUAGCACCAAUAUGGCCGAUGCUGGACGUGGCGACAACUUCGGCUCUGCCGAGAGUCGACCACGCGCCACUCUGCCAGUCACCAACUCUCGGCCCAUCCGUCCACAGCAGAACGCGCGAAUGUCCACCCCCGCAACCACAAUGGCAACGCGCUUUAGUGAACGUCUUCCAUCCCCCGUGGAAUGCCUCUGCGUCCCACAGGGGGUGCCACUGGCAGGACCAGUCAGAGAAGCUCCCAUCACCCCCACCUCUAUCUCACAACGGCCUCCGAUUCCACCGAAGAAUUUUGUUCUCCUGGCCAGCAAUAAGUGCAGCUAUGAAGUUCGAUCCCGCUACCUGGAGUACACUGCACUUUCCAUCAUCCGUGGAGCGAAGAUGCUUUUUGAGUGUUGGAAGCCAUCCCACCAACAGACUGUCUCGUCCACAAUGCACAAUUCAGUGUUCAACGCAAAGAUUCGAAAUUACGGACAAAUGGUAGAGGAGGAGAAGGAGGAGGGGACUCAAUUCCAUUGCAGCACCGCAUCCCCACCCAUCCCUCGCCGCAACUUCCAAAACACUUUCCCCUCCGCUCCCUUCUCUUCCACCUCCUACUCGGAGAGAUUCAAGUCCACCAGCUUUGACCAAGACACGAAUACACCCCCUCCGGCUCUUCCACCGCGCCGCCCCUCCCUCCAGCCCACACACCGGCCCCGCCCACCAUUACCUCAAUUACCACCGUCGGUAGUAAUGACUAGCUUCUCCUCCGUCGCUUCUACCUCGGCGACACGCGUCAACUCCACGCCUGACUUGUUGGACGGGGCAGGUAGCAGUGGCGGAGGCGGAAGCACCAGUAGCGAAUCGGUGUUAGCCAGCAGCGCCUCCUUGCGAACGGUGGACAGUGUUGAUGGAAGGGGUAGUGGUGGGGAGGCUGGUGCGGAGAGACUAACACCUCUGGGGUUUCGACCGCCAUGUGCCUUCCCACGAUCAAAUAGUAGCAGGCACGUUGAAGCCCCAUACGAUAUCUGUAUCAAUUCUAAGUACAUCGACUCAACUGUAAUUAAUUUCAAACCCUGGAUUCUUAAUUAUGUCAUAAGAAUGUACCUUGUCUCUGCCACAACUCGAGACCAAAUAUACCAACAUCCAGGACAUCCUAAACUGCGCAGUAAUUUAGUCAAUCCUCAGACCUGGCAGUGGGCUGAGAUUCGCUGA